GCAUCUUCUGUGCUUCCUACCGAGGAAGUCAGAGGUAAUAUCUAAUGCUUGAGUUAAAGAACAUCUACGGAGUAUCUUUUGACAGCCACUGCCCGUAAGGGGCGAAGGAUACCACUGGAGUGUUGUAGCCCCUGCCUUGGACUUAAUAGAUCUCAGAUGCAAUGGAUUGGUUUCCUUGUAGGACUGGUGCUGUGCUUUUCACUUUAAUGGUGCUCCUGGAGUGCAGCAUUGGCUUUCGUGUUGAGGUGAAAGAAUGGGAUGAAAAUGGUGUGGAAAGGUGGAAAACAUUUCGGAGGCAAAAACGAGAAUGGAUUAAGUUUGCUGCUGCCAUUAGGGAAGGCGAGGAUAAUUCAAGGAGAAAUCCAAUUGCCAGGAUACGAUCAGAUUGUGAAGAAAAGCAAUCAAUUAUAUACAAAAUCUCAGGGAAAGGGAUUGAUAGUCAUCCAUUUGGUGUAUUUGUCAUCAAUCAGAAGACUGGUGAAAUUAAUAUAACAAAAAUAGUUGAUCGAGAGACAAAUCCAUUUUUUAUUAUAGACUGUUAUGCUAUAAAUCCAGUUACACAGCAGUCAGUGGAAACUGCGCUUCAACUUCGAGUUCGAGUUCUGGAUAUAAAUGACAAUCCACCAGUAUUUACACAAGCCGUGUUCGCUGGGUCAAUUAGUGAAAGCAGCAUGGAGGACACAUUGGUGAUGAAAAUAACAGCUACAGAUGCAGAUGAGCCAAAUACCCUGAAUUCCAAAAUUGCCUACAAGAUUGAGAGUCAGUCUCCUGGAGGUCCAUUAAAGUUUAUUUUGAACACAUUAAAUGGGGAACUUCACAUUGCAAAUAUGCUUGACAGAGAGGAAUAUAGUAGCUACUCUUUGGUAGUGAAAGCCACAGACAGGAAUGGAGGCCCAGAUGGAAUAUCAUCUGAAUGCACCUGUGAUGUUAAUGUGGUAGAUGUAAAUGACAACUUUCCAACCUUUUCACAGAGCUCGUAUUCAGCACGAAUUUCAGAAAAUACACGGAGUGAUGAGCUUAUAAGGAUACAGAUUACUGAUCUGGAUCAAAUGCAUACAGAUAACUGGAGAGCAGAGUGUUACUUUCUCUCUGGAAAUGAAAACAACAACUUUGCUAUAACUGUAGAUCCAAUGACAAAUGAAGCUAUCCUGAUGGUGGUAGAGGAACUUGAUUAUGAACAGUCUUCAAACAUUCAGUUAAGUAUUGGUGUACGAAAUGUAGCUCCUUUCCACUAUUCAGUGGCUAAUCAGUAUCAAGCUACGGGCACCCCGUUUUCAGUAGAAGUAAUAAAUAUUAGGGAAGGACCAACAUUUUCUCCUUCCACAAUAACAGUUACUGCAUCAGAAGGUACAAGCACAACCUCCUACUCUGUUGGGACAUUCCAAGCUAUAGAUCAGGAUACAGGAAGACCUGCUACUAACGUCCGUUAUCAGAUGGGAAAAGAUCCAGCUGCUUGGUUUAAUAUCGACCCAAGACAUGCUGUAAUCACUAUUAAGAAACAAAUUGAUCGGGAAUCAAUUUAUGUAUAUAAAGGAUCUUAUACUGCAGAGGUGCUAGCUAUUUGUACAGAAAGCCCUUUCACAACAGCCACUGGUACCUUGGUGCUUAUGAUUGAAGAUGUCAAUGAUAACUGCCCAGUUGUGAGCAGUGAAAUCAGAAAAGUUUGCAUGUCCAGCCCAACAAUCACAAUCACAGCAACAGAUCUAGAUGAUUAUCCGAAUGGUCAGCCUUUUCAAUUCACCAUAAUAGCACAGCCUCCAGAAAGUUCAUGGAUUAUCAGAAUAGUGAAUGAUACCUCUGCAGAACUGUCCACAAUGAGAAUGAAUUUUGAGAUUCACGAGGUCUACGUUAAUGUGAUGGAUAACAGAGGCAGAAGUUGUGAAAGACCACAACUAGUUCCCUUGCAAGCUUGUCGCUGUGAUCAGUAUGGAAGAUGUACUGCUGGUGCUACACAAAGAAUCACUGUUAUUGUUGGUGGUAGCGCUGCUGGUGGUGGAGCUGGUGGCACUCCUGGUGGUGGAGCUGCUGGUGGUGGAGCUGCUGGUGGCGGUGCUGGUGGCGGAGCUGCUGGUGGUGGAGCUGCUGGUGGCGCUGCUGGUGGUGGAGCUGCUGGUGGUGGAGCUGCUGGUGGCGGUCCUGGUGGUGGAGCUGCUGGUUGGGGAACAGGGGGUUCAGCUGGGGGUGCAGGUGGUGGAACAGGAGGCUUUGGUUGGGGAGCAGGGGGUACAGCUGGGGGAGCAGGUGGUGAAACCGGUGCAGAUUAUGGUGCUGGUGGUAUAGGUACAGUUGGUGGUGGAGGGGUGGAUCAUGGUAUAGCUGGUGGUGACUAUGGUGGUGGUGGCACUGGUAUGGCUGCUGGUGGUGGUGAGAGCAGUGAUUAUUAUGGUUUUGGCACAAGACAGCAGGGAGGAGCAAUGACAGUUAGUGCUGCUGCUAUCGCUCUGAUGUUUCUCGGAGCAUUAAUAUUUGUGUUGAUUCCCAUUCUGAUGUCACAGAGCAAUUGCUGUGGCUAUUGUGGGGGUGGCCCUUCUGGUGGAGUUGGAGCUGGAUUUGAACCUGUGCCUGAAUGCACAGAGGGAGCAAUUCAUUCAUGGGGAAUUGAAGGAGCACAGCCUGAAGACCGGGAUGUUUCAAAUAUGUGUGUACCAGUAAAAGGGGCAACUAAAGGUGAAUUUGCUGACUCCUCAGAUAUUUAUACAACCAAGUAUGGAGAUGGAGGAGUGAUAAGUUCAGAAGAAACCACAGCACUAGGAGCAGCUAAAGGUUAUGGAACGACUGUGGAUUAUGGAACUACAGGCUAUGGAACAACAGGAAGAAAAGAAAUAUAUGGCGGGACAAUGAAAGAAUACAGAGAGAGUGGAGUGAACAUGGCAUUCUUAGACAGUUAUUUUUCUGAGAAAGCAUUUGCCUAUGCAGAUGAAGAUGAAGGCAGACCUGCAAAUGACUGUCUACUGAUAUAUGACCAUGAGGGUAUAGGAAGUCCCGUUGGUUCCAUUGGCUGCUGUAGUUUUAUUGGAGAAGAUUUGGAUGACACCUAUCUGGAUACGUUGGGACCAAAGUUUAAGACACUGGCAGAAAUCUGCUUGGGUGUCGAAAUUGAGCCCUUCCCAGAUCCCAACUCACCUUGGCCUUCUGUUCCCAAUCCUGAAAUAGAUAUGAAUCUUCCACCACCAGGGACAACCAUUGUUGUUAAUACAUCUUCAUCUAUGCCUCUACCAGUACCUCCACCAAUGUCUUCACCAGUGCCUACUGCUGUUGGUGGUACGACAGUUGUUACUGAAAACACCUAUACAACUACUUCCACUGUACAACCUCCACCAAGGCCUAUACCUGACCCAGUAAACUAUGGUAAUGUAGUGGUAACUGAGACAUAUACAUCUGGACCAGCUCUGAAACCUCCCACAAUUAGUGUUGAUCCGUUGUGCGGAUCAAAUGUUGUAGUCACAGAAAGAGUGGUUGGUCCUGCCUCAGUCGCUGAUUUCCAUGGCAUGAUAGAUAUCCCUGAUAUACCAGAUGGAUCAAAUGUGGUGGUCACAGAAAGGGUUAUUGCACCAAACUCAAGGAUACCCACUUCUAUGAGCAUUCCUGAUCUAGCUGAUGGAUCUAAUGUAGUUGUGACAGAAAGAGUGAUUCGAGCACGUAAUGUGGUUGUAACAGAAAGAGUGGUGUCUGGGGCAGGAAUGGGUGGUGUGAGUGGCAUGGGGGGGAUAGGUGGCUUCACAGGCCAGAUGCUCAGUCCUGAUAAUCGCUUUAGCCAGACAAUUGGAUCUGCUUCCCCUGGUACAACUCGUAGAAGGGUAACAAAGUACAGCACAAUACAGUAUUCUAAUCAGUAAGACCACUUGCAGUUUUGUAUUAUUACAAAGCUCAACAUUUGCAAUGUUUUUAGAUUUACCACAGCAUGACAUUUUUAUUAUUUAUACUUAGCAAAUCAUACCAAGGGAAAAAUUUAGUAUCUGAGAAAGACAAGGCUAUCCAGUUCCAAUGAGAAAUACAGAGUUAAUGGCAAUAUAGGGGAAGCAUGGGUACAUUAUGCAUGGGUUCAUUUUUUUCAAACA